AUGCGCUCGUGCCUCAUCCGUACUCCCCCUCCAUGCGUACCCCCCUGUCUCCCUGCUCUCCCACCUGCCAGCUUGCCCGAUGCCCCGGAAAUGGAGAUCUUCUGCGCAUAUGGCACGGGCCUGCUGACAGAAAGGGCGUAUGUGUACCGCCUCUCCCCCUCCAACGACACCUGCCUCAUCCCCUUCCGCAUCGACGCCUCUGCCAAUGGACCGCCCGGGCAGGUAGGCACAACGUGGGACAGGUGGGUGCAAUGGGGGACAGGUGGGUGCAAUGUGGGACAGGUGGGUGCAAUGUGGGACAGGUGGGUGCAAUGUGGGACAGGUGGGUGCAAUGUGGGACAGGUGGGUGCAAUGUGGGACAGGUGGGUGCAAUGUGGGACAGAUGGGUGCAAUGUGGGACAGAUGGGUGCAAUGUGGGACAGAUGGUUGCAAUGUGGGACAGAUGGGCGGCAUGUGGGGCAGGCGGGGGACUGUCUGACAGAGGGGGCAUACUUCACAGACGGUGACGAGACAGCACCCGUGCUCUCCAUGGGGCUGCCGUGCGCCAAGCUGUGGCGCGGCCGCACGCGCUUCAACCCCGCCGCCUCGCCCACCUUCCUGAGGGAGUACGAGCACCGCCCCACCUCGGGGCUGCUGGCAGGCAGGAGCACUCAGAGCGGCAGCCAUGUGGACAUCAUGGGUAACUUUGCACUCAUUGAGGAUAUUUUGCGGGUUGCCGCUGGUGCCACGGGUGCAGAGAUUGGUGGGGAUCAGAUUUAUUCGGAUAUAUUGCACUGGGCCAAACGGGUUGGUAUAAAAUUGUAG